UCGAGACACGGCCCGACUCCACUGGUAAGAGAACCGUGUCGACCCAACCCAACUCGCUCUAUCAAACCGAAGUUAUCAAGCUUCGGCCUUUGUUGCAGACACACACUAAGCGGACCAAACCGAGCAGCACAAGGAGCUUCACCCGACAAGAAAACACAUGGCGAAGGAAGCCACGAGGCCGCGAAAGAGGUCUCUCUCAUCUCCCCCUGCUUCUGCUUCCGAUGAACGCUCUACAAGAACUUCUUCUGACAGGGAGGAUUUUCGUAAAGAAUUUCAAGAGCAGAAUCCAGAUGUUAAGUCAAUGCGUGAUAUUGGCAAGGCUUGUGGAGAGAAGUGGAAAACAAUGACUUAUGAGGAGAAGGUUCAAUACUACGAUAUAGCCACUGAAAAACGAGCAGAAUUUGAUAGAGCAAUGAUCGAAUAUAACAUGAAAAUGGAAAGUGGAGAGUACGAAGAAACUGACGAGGAAUCAGAGUUUGAUGUAGCCAUUUCCUUUGAAAUAGGGGAUGUUUCUACAUUGCUCGAACUGCGCUUUCUCUUGGUUUGUUAUCGUCGUUUUGGAUUUGUGGGUUUUGCUCUGAGAUUGGUUCAUGCAUUUCCGCUUUCACUUUUAUUUCCAUCUAAUUGGGGAAGAGGUGAUUGUCAGUUGCUUUCUCUUGCUGUCACAGUUAAUAAGAAUCCACAUGAGGAAUUCACAAGUUGGCUGGACUCGGCAAAAAGUAAGGGCAUUUUCCAAUCUGUUCUUUGUCAACGUGAUUUAGCUCUGAAUCUCUGA